GUAUUAGCAAACAAUUGAAAUCGCGUGCUCAGUGCUGCCUGCUGAGCUGUAGCCUGGAGCAGCAUGGUCAAUAUUGGGACGGAGAAGGUAUUUUUUGUGUAGGGAGUGCUGUACGGUAGCCUGUAGGGCGUAGCUGGUUGUCCGUCCAUAUGUAUCACUGAUGUCAGUAGCAGGUCAGCAAGUCAAGAGAUCCCAGCUGCAGGAGAAAACAAUUCGCAUCUUGACAAUCCAUUGUUUCACCGGUCCAGUAAGGUCUGGUUUUACAGGUUUCAUCCAAGCUUGUUUUGGUGAAAAGUGGCAAUGUGAAUCAGGGUCUUCACAAGCUCUUUCGGCAAGAGUGGAGAACUCAAAGCUGAUUGCUAUUACUGUGUACACUCAGCAAUUGCUGCGGAACAUAGACAUAUGCACCUUGCAGCUGCACCUCGGGCUGGCUUAACGUUACUCACCUGCUUCAGCGUAUCUUGAGCUCGGAGGUCCACACUACCUGAAUCACGUACUCGCAGACUCCCUGCACGUUCUCCUGCAAGCUUUACAAGCUUUUGACAAGCAUCGUGAUAGAGUGGCUCUUCAAAAUCUGUGCUGAAACCUGCACAUAGAAGUGCCAGAGAAAAUGGACGACACAGCGGAAGCAGCCCCUGAGGAUGUGGGACCGCCGAGUGACCUGGCUGCUGAGCUCGAUGAGCUGGAGAAAGCAAAUGAGCAUCUGGAGAAAGAGAACCAGCUGUUAGAAGCGUACUUGCAGCGUGUCACCCCUGCUGGGACCUCCGGCGCCGAUCUGGAUGAACCCCUGGGGGGGCGGAAGCGCAGCCCUAAGAAGAAAGCUGUAGAGGACCGAAAAAGAGAGGAGCGCCUCCUGACAAUGGAUGAGAAGUACGAGAUUGCCUGCGCUGAGAUCGAAGUGAUCAGGGAAGAAACGCAGCGGGUGCGGCAAGAAAGCGAGCGCACGCUCGAGGAUCUAAAGGCGUUGUUGGAGGAAGCUGACGUCAGCAUUGCUCAGACGAAGAAAGAAUCAUAUGAGUUCCGGAGGGAUGUCGUUAUGGGGGGGCAGAACGGGCAGACGGGAAAGACCAUGGCCGAGAAGGUGCUGAAGUACUUCGAAGAUCGUUUCCGGGAGCGAGACUCGACGGUGGAAAAGUUGCGGUUGAAGAACGCGUCUCUAAAGAUUCAGAUCAGCAAGGUUGAGUCCAGUCUGCAGCAGAAGGAGGAAAUGGGCGAGGUGCUCAACACCGUCGAUUUCGACCAACUCAAGAUCCAGAACCAGCAGUUCCUGGAGAAAGUCGAGGAGCGUAAUGCUGAGCUCAUCAAGCUGAAGUUGACGGCAGCAAGGACGCUACAGAUCCUCAACACGCUCAAAAAGAAGCUCAGCGGGCUGACGUGGCAGGGCACGUGGCUCGCCAAGACGAUGGCGGAGAAGCGCGAGCUGCUGAGUCGGUACGAGAAGGAGAUUCUGACCAUUGGCGAUGAGAAGGCGGCCGCGCAGGACCGGCAGGCGGCGCUGAAGAAGCAGCAAGAGGACCCGGAGCUGCCGUGCGUGAUGGACUACAUCAAGCUGAAAGCAAAAGUGGCGGAGCUGGAGAAGAAGUCCGUCGACUGGGAGCGGAAGGUGGAGAUCGUGGAGAUGGACGUGAAGCGCACGCGAAGGCAGGCGGGGUUGACAGGGGGAAGCAGCCGGCCGGGGAGCAAGAUGAACCUGGCCGGGUCCAUGCGGACGACCCCGCUCCCGGCGGACCGGUAAAACGGAUGAACGCCAGCCAGAACUUGGUUGUGGCUACUGGAAAAAGGGGAGGGUCCGUCCUACUGGUUCUUCGAGUUGGAAAGCCCUCAUUGCCAAUUUGAAAAAGAUUGUUAAUAUGCCAGUGCACGAAAUGAAACUUGAAACAGCAAAUGAUGGAGCUAGCGGCAGUAUCAGUGUGGUACCUAGCUUAAUGGUUACUGUGCUGGCCGCAUUCCAGGACGCUUGAAAGGCCUUUAUAUAAUCCUACUUGAAAGAGCAUAGCCCUUAAGUUCGCG